AUGGAGGUCUUCCGGGAGGCGUUCCCCACCCACAUCCUGCCGCUGCUGCACCAGGCCGAGGAGGGCUCCUUGGCCCCAACGAGAAGGUUCCAGAAGCUCGAGGGUAUCGUCACGCAUUGGCUGGACGGCAUCUGUGGCCUGAUCCCGGAGGCCGGCGGCAUUGUGUGCGGCCUGAUAACUACCAUGGUGAGCAAUGGCAUUCAGUACAUGAGCAAUGCCCUCAUGAACUUCGGUGUUGAGCUUUCAACGACCUUCCUUACCAUGAUCGCCAAUUCCAGCCCCUUCUUCCGCAUGCUGGUGGCCCAAGUUCUGGACAGCGCCCAGACGGCUGUCCAGGACAACAUGAACACUGGGAGCAGCGAGAGCCUCGAGAACCCCCCGGAGCAGGAUACAGGCGCGGUGGAGCACGGGCCAACGGGCGAGGAGCACGCCGUCGCGCAGCUCUCCAACGCGGAGCGCUACGGCUCGAAGCUGCUCCAAGGUUUCAUGAGGGACUACGCCUGGGCGCGCAUUGUCUUUGCCGCCGCGGAGCCUGUGCUGGUCAAGGAGCUCGCGCCUGUGAUGCACUUGCUCCAGAUCAUCGUGGGUCAGUUGGCCACGGCCAUGGAAACGGAGCUGGCCAGUUGCAAGGAGAAGGUGGUGGCGUUCGCGGGGCUGCUGAAGAAGAUGGGCUGA